AUGGCGGACGUUUAUGCAGAACAAAAGCCGGAUUUUGGUAGAAGACCUGAUGAUCGCGGAGAUCGUCGACGAGGAGGUGGUCGGUCUAGAAGUCGUAGUCGGGAAAGAAGGAGAUCGUAAGUUUUUAAAUGUUUUUUCUUUGGUUUUUAGGUCUUCUGUCUUUCGUUUGAGCACAUUGUAUUAAUGUAGGCUUUGAAAAAUGAAAUAUCGCGGUUUUAAUUGUAUCUUUCUAUUGAAAGGUUUUGGUUUGAAACUUUGUGAGAAUUUGGCAAAUAUAACUAGCCAACUAUUAAACUUUAAAAAGCGUUGGAACUUACAUUUAUCUCAAAUUUAAAGUAGUUUUAAUUUACCUUAGUUUUUUAAAAAAAGUUUUUCGAAAUUAAAAAAAAAAAGUUGAAAAGUGCGCGUUCUGUCUUAAAAUUUGCAUAAAAAAGGGUUAGAAGUUGUAAAAUGAAUCAUAUUUUCAAAAAUUCUUUUUUGGUUAUAUGUUUUGCGGUUGAAGUGAAUACGGUUUUCUCGAUGUAUCGCUGGAGCAGAGGUUUUGCUCGAGAUAAUAUUCGUUCUGGUAGACGAUUCAGUCGAUUUAAUUGCGGUUACAAUAGUCGCGGUGGUUACCAAGGGCGUUACAAUGGUGUUUUUAGAAAAGAUAGCGAUUACGAGCCUGUUAUCAAGUUGGUUUAUCGCUUAUUGAUGUUUUAGGCUUUUUAAUUUGAUGAGUUUUGAAAUUUAACGGGGAAAUCUUAAGAGUUUUAAAAUUUUUAUAAAACUGUUGUUUAUGUCUAUAUAGCUUUAAUUGACUUCUUUUCAUCAAAUUUUAUGUUGACUAUGAAUUAAAUAAACAAUUUUCAGAAGAGAACGCGGAGGCGGUGAUCACCGUCGUUCUAGAAGUAGAGAAAGAGAACGUGCUCCAGGAGGUGACAGAGACUUUAAACGUCAAUACGGUUUGAAGAAGUUCCAGUACUGGGAUGUGCCUCCACUUGGUUAUGAACAUAUGCAGCCUCGUGAAUAUAAAGAACUCCAGGCUUCGGGUCAGAUUCCAAGAGCUACUCUACAGUCGUCAGUACCAGUUGUUGGACCUUCAGUCACUUGUCAGAGUCGUCGUUUAUACGUGGGCAAUAUUCCAUUUGGUUGUAAUGAAGAUGCUAUGUUGGACUUCUUUAAUCAACAGGUAUGGUUUGAGGUUUUUGGUUUAAGUAAAAAAGGUGAUAAAUUGUGGGCGUACGGUUAUGAUAUUGAUAUGGCAAGUCUAAAUCUAAAAUAAAAUUCUUUUAAAGCUAAAAAUGGCAAAAUUAAAGUUUUUUUUUUAGUAUAAAACUAAUAAAUAAAUUUCAGAUGCACCUAUGUGGUCUAGCCCAGGCACAAGGAAACCCAGUCCUAGCCUGUCAGAUCAACCUCGACAAGAACUUUGCUUUUAUCGAGUUCCGGUCGAUCGACGAAACCACAGCUGGUAUGGCCUUUGAUGGUAUCACCUUCAUGGGACAGCAACUCAAAAUCAGAAGGCCACGUGAUUAUCAGCCAAUCAGUACUAACUUAGACGCCAUGGGUCGUAUGCCAGUCUCGAAUAUUGUAGUAGACUCACCACACAAGAUCUUCAUCUCAGGCUUGCCCAACUACUUGACGGCCGAACAGGUCAAGGAGUUGUUGUCAUCUUUUGGUCAGUUGAAGGCUUUCAACUUGGUUAUUGAUCAGAAUACCGGAUUGUCGAAGGGAUACGCCUUUUGUGAAUAUUUGGACACAACUUUGACUGAUCAGGUAAGAGUUUGGAUUUUUGAAAUUUUUUGUGAUUUUAGGUAACAUUUGUCUUAUAUCUUAUUUAUAUUUUGAAAAAUAAUGUAAGAUUAUACUAAAAAGUAGAUUUUUGUAUCAAUGUUAACUAAAUUUAUGUUAUUGUAGGCUAUUGCUGGCUUGAAUGGUAUGCAACUGGGCGAAUCGAAGCUUCUAGUACAAUUGGCUUGCGCUAGCAAGAAGGAAAAUGGUGCAUUCAACACGAAUGCUGCUGGUAUUGAUCUAACACAAGCUGGAGCGGCCACAGAGGUCUUGUGUCUGCUGAACAUGGUCACAGAGGACGAGUUGAGCAAUGAUGAGGAAUAUGAAGGUAUUUUAUUGGGUUUAAUGGGUUUUGACUAUGUUAUAUAGGUAUAUAUAGUAUUUUUGAUAGGGCAUGAUAAACUACUAUUCUCAUUUUUCAGACAUUCUCGAAGACAUCAAGGACGAGUGUACCAAGUACGGAACAGUUAAAUCCGUCGAAAUCCCUCGCCCAGUGUCAGGAGUCGAUGUUCGCGGUGUGGGCAAGGUCUUUGUCCACUUCUCCGACACGGCCGAAUGCCAACGUGCUCAGGCCGCCCUAACCGGAAGAAAGUUCGCAAACAGAGUGGUUGUCACCUCCUACUACGAUGUGGAUGCCUACCUACGGCGAGAGUACUAA